UUUUUUUUUGCUUAACCUUUCUGUACCAGGAGACAAACGCUAAGCGAAUAGAGGAACCGUGUAUGAAGACGCGGUGGACCUGUACUUCUACAACCUGAAAAUAGCACACCGUUAGAAACGAAUCAGUAGCCUAGACCAAGAUUUCACCUUUAAACCACAAAACUUAUUUGAAAGAGAUUUCAGCAACAUGACAUUUUUUGUAAUUCCUCGGUUGACUUUUCUCUGUCUCCUCAUUUUUCUGAAUGUCUCUUCAGCUUCAGAGGUGAAAAGCUCAAACUCCAGUAUCAAGCUGCGAAGCAUGCCUCUGUAUAACGGCACACUUCAAGAAAAGGAUAAGGAGCAGAUCCAGAGCUACAACUUUACACUAGUGGUUCCUCUUGUCUGCCUCUUUGCCUUUUUCAUUGGGCUUCCGUCAAAUUUGUUGGCUCUCUGGGUGCUGCUCUUCCGAACCAAGAAACUCCCAUCCACCAUUUUGCUGAUAAACCUCACCUUCUGCGAUCUUCUGCUACUGCUGGUGCUCCCCUUCCGUAUCGUGUACCACUUCAAGGGCAACAACUGGACAUUUGGAGAACCAUUCUGUCGAGUUGUGAUUGGGCUCCUCUAUGGAAACAUGUACGGCUCCGUGGUUUGUCUGGCACUGAUCGCCGUGGAUCGCUACAUAGCUCUCGUUCACCCUUUUGGUGCCAAGAUGCUACGAAGUAAAAAGAAUUCUGUCUGUAUGAGUGUUUUGGUUUGGAUCGUGAUUAUAGCUGCUGCUGUGCCCUUAUUAGUCUCACAACAGUCCUAUACGAUAAUCGACCCUCCUAUAACAACCUGCCAUGAUGCACUACCUAGAGAACAGCAAGAAAAGUACUUCCUGCCGUACUUUGCUGUUCUCUUCUCCUUAUGCUUUCUGCUUCCGCUGCUGGUUGUACUGGUUUGCUAUUCUGCGGUGUUACACACACUUAUUGCUGAAGGGGAGCGUUUCGCACAUGCGAUAAGAGUGACUGUGCUGAUGUUAAUUGUUUUUGUGGUUUGCUUAUUGCCUAGUAACAUUCUCAUGCUUUUGCAUUACUCCAGUUCAGCUUUUGACCUAUAUGUUCCAUACCAGAUCGCUUUGUCUUUUAGCACCUUUAACAGCUGCUUCGAUCCUUUCAUCUUUUAUUAUGUGUCUAAGGAUUUCAGACAGAGGUUAUGGGAGGCUCUCAGAUGUUCUGGGUCUGAUUCAGAGUCCUCCUCAGAAUCGAGGACAAAGGUAACCUUACUAUCAAAGAUGAGCAAGACUGAAGGAGCAGUCGGAUCAUGAGUUUAGCACGACAGGAAUGCAAAUCAGAAGACAUUAGGUUAUGUAAGUCAAAAAUUCUAGGGCGUACUGAAUAAUUACUAUAGAUGACUGUCUGUCUAUCUGUCCACCCACCUGUCAUUCUGCCUAUCUGUGUGUAUAACUUGAAAUUAGUUUCAUUUGCACAGGAAAAACUGAUAUGAGGAGAUAUUAUUUCAUUGUUCUGUUUAUUUCCUUUAGUCAUUAGUGAUGCAGGAGACAGGAAAUAGUUAUAUUUAAAAACAUUUAAAAAGGAAAGGCAAUAUGCAGCAGUUGUCAUGCUUCAAGGCUUUCCUUCAUGAAGCCCACUGCAGGUUGGCAUCUGAAAUAUGAAUGCACUGAAUGCUGUUUGUAAAGAUACACAAUAUGGCUCAGCAUUUUCACACUGCCACAAACAGUCAUGUAGUUAAUGUAGUGAUCUAACAAAUCCCAAACAAUUCUUUGUUUGUAUAUUAUAUUAUAUUAUAUUAUAUUAUAUUAUAUUAUAUUAUAUUAUAUUAUAUUAUAUUAUAUUAUCAGUAAACUGUAAUGAAGGAUGUCUAUUACUUUAGAAAAAAUGUGGAAGAUACACUGAAUAAAAAAUUAUAAAUGCAACACUUUUGUUUUAGCCCCCAUUUUUCAUGAGCUGAACUCAAAGAUCUAAGACUUUUUCUAUAUGUACACAAAAUACCUAUUUCUCUCAAAUAUUGUUCGCAGAUCUGUCUAAAUCUUUGUUAGUGAGCA